AGUCAAUCUGCUGUGUGGCGCACGGGGGCGCGCUGCGCGCUGCAGAUGUGUCGCAGAUUUAAAAAGUCACUGUACUCCUCUAGUACAAGGAAAUGGAGCAGUGCAAAGCAUAAAAUACUGAAUUGUAAACAAGGCAGCGGAAGAGAGGGAACGUGUGCAGCCAUUCUAACAGUGCGCGGGAUUUGCAUUUCAUACUUACUUAAAGGACAAGAAGGAAAAGCACAAAGAUACAUUGACAGCUACUUCAUUAUUUUAGGGGAACAACUUAACUGAUGGAACUGUCGGCAAUCGGCGAGCAAGUGUUCGCUGUGGAAUCAAUCAUAAAGAAAAGAGUUAGGAAGGGUCAUGUCGAGUAUUUAUUGAAGUGGAAGGGGUGGCCACCCAAGUACAGCACAUGGGAGCCAGAGGAGCACAUUCUAGACCCUCGACUGGUUUUAGCAUAUGAGGAAAAAGAACAAAAAGAAAAGUCAGUAAGGUGGCGUAAAAGAGGCCCGAAACCCAAAAGGCUCUUUAUGCCGAGGGGCUUUUACACAAUGGAUCUGCGCAGCGCACACAAAGAUACAGAGAAGUCUUCAGCACAUCUGCCGCUCUCGCUUGACCCAAGGUUCCAGCCCACAGGGGCUUGUAUAUAUCGACGAUUAACCCACCUCAAGAAAAAGAAGAAAUCAUCCAGAGAGGCUUCUGAGGAAGAAUGGGAUAGAAGAGAAGAAGAAGAUGAUGAUGAUGAUGAUGAUGAGGGGGUUAUGGAAGAAGAGGAGGAGGAAGAAGAAGAAGAGGAGGAGGACAUAAGACAAGGAGGAACUAAAACUGGCAACAAUACUUUAAACAAGCGUGUCAGGAGAGGACACUGGAGUCCAUCCACUGAAUCAGAAGCAAUCACUAUAUCUCCUUUACCCGAAGACUGGAAUCCAGUUAUGGGCCCAGAAGAGGUCAUUGUGACAGACAUCACCAUCAACUCACUGACUGUGACUUUUAGAGAGGCCCUGGUAGCAAGGGGGUUCUUCAGGAGCUGGGAGAUGGAGAUCUGACAUCACAGAGACUGAGGAUGGUCAGAGCGACGAGGAAUGAGAAUUGGUACAUCCCUGUUUUUGCAUUGUUGAUUAUGUGCUUGCACAACUUUCGCCAGUGUUUCAGACUACAUGUAUUUGCACUAUUAGUUCUAAUUGAGCUAAAACCUUCCAAAAUGUUGCUUCAGUGAUUACAAUCAAAGUAACACCAUUUAAUGACAAUACUGAUAGUUUGAUGAGAUUUUGAACUUGACCAAGAAAACAAAUCAAGCUGAUAGUCUGGUCAUGUAUUUGCAUGAUGCUAGAUAGAGUAAGUAGCACAAUUAAGUAUUCCUAAAAGCCAAGCUGUCACAUAUAUGUCUAUACAUAUGCACAGUACAUGUAUGUAUAUAUAUACUUGAUAUACUUGGUAAACGUUAUUCUAAUCUUGACCCUCAACUUAAAUUGCACACCUCAUGCAGUAAAUUAGAAUUAGUGUCCUCCUGAUACUUAAAAUAUGAAAACAGCUUUUCAACACUUAGUGUGCUGUCCUUGACACUUCGUAACAAAAUAAUGUGGUGUGAAAAAAAAAUCUGCAUUUCAUGUCAUUGCGCAGUUAUGUUCUGAGCGUAAUUAUGUGUAUGAAGUUGCUUUUUAUUUUUUUCCCCAACACUAUCACUUGCUAUUCUCAUCUAUUUGCAGUGUUUGUGCAAUUUUUUGUUUUGUCCUGCCAAGUAUGACUUUGCACCAUCUUGCACAGUAGUCUACGAUGUUAGAUUUAACUCGACUGCUGUUUAUAUUUCGUGUUAUUUUAGUCCAAGAUGAAAACUGAGACCUGAAGAUAAAAAAAAUGUCUAUAUUGAGGUGAAUGUAUAUUUAGCCCCUAAGAAUGUCCAUCUCUGGGGGCUUAACUGUUUAAUAUCUGAGUUCAUGUGACCUGUAUAUAUUUGAUAGAGUAUGUCUGUGCCAAAUGUCUGUGGUUGCUUUUGCUAUUCAGAGUAUUUGCACUUUAAAAUGGAAAAGUUGGUAUUAUGAUGCCAUAAAUAAAACCUUGGUGUAACUGUA